GAUGAAACCCAAAGUCGGAACUUGCAUAAGACAGAAAUGGCCAGUUCAAGAUAAUUUAAGCGUGGCAGAUAUGAAGUUAAUUAUGUUCAAGCCAGCACUACUUCUUGGUGCCCAAACCAAUAUUUCACAGCUGCUGCAACUUCCUCAAUUCAUUGGAGGAAUUUCUCCUCCUUGAUCUUUUCACCAGCAACCAAAUGGACAUCAAUGCCUGAUGAGCUCCGAUGCACCAAGGCCAGGCGUAUCACCUGGUAGUCCUGGUCGCACACCGCCAACUAGUCCUCCUGGCAGCGCACCAUCACCUGGUCAUCCUGGAAGCGCACCACCACCAACUGAUCCUCCUGGCAGCUGCGCAGCACCACCUAGUUCCCUUGGAAGCGCACCACCACUCGGUAGUCCUGAUGCGCCACCACCAAGUGGUCCUCCUGGCAGUGAGCCAUCACCAAGUCCUCCUGGAAGUGCACCACCAACUGAUCCUCCUGGCAGCGCAGCACCACCACCUGGCAGUCCCGGUGCGCCACCACCAACCGGUCCUCCUGGCAGUGAACCACCACCUAGUUCCCCUGGCAGCGCACCACCACCUGGUCUUCCUCCUAGCCCACCUCGUACUCCUGGUGCACCAUCAUCUGGCCCUCUGCCUAGAUCACCUCCUCGUCGUAGUGCAGCAACACCUGCUAGUUUACUACUUAGACCACAUGGUCGUCCACUUCGUUUUCCACUUAGACGAGGUCGUCCUGGUCCCUCACCACUUGGUCUUCCGCCUAGACAAUCCGAUACUCCUGAUGCACCACCACCAUGUUCUCCACCAAAAUCAACUGCACCAAACAGGGGGGAAGCAUCAAGCUCAGGGACAAAGGGAGGGAGAACCAGUGAAUCAGAAAAUAGAAAAAAUCCCACUAAAGGAAUCCUGCGGGUGCUUCUUUGUCAGCGCCGCCGACAACUUCAGUUAUUCAUCCUCAGCACCGCAUUUGGAGAAACUCACAAGUACUGCAAAGCAAAGGGGAAAAAGUUUUAUCACACCACCCGGCCAGUGCUGUCUUCAGUCAUUCUACAAGCAACAACCAUCAGCAAGUACCACUGA